GUAUUGGACUGAUUACUGGUACGAUUUCAAUUAUUAUAUUGUGACAGGCUAACUAAUGAACUCAAGCAUCUAGCAUUUGGUUUAUUUUUGGUCAUCAACCAUGAAUGUACUGGUGAUAUUACUGACAACUCUACUAGUCAUUGAACAUGUAUGUACAUUGGAUAAUGGUCUAGCUCGUACUCCACCAAUGGGUUGGCUUGCUUGGGAACGCUUCAGAUGCAAUACCGACUGUAAAAAUUACCCAGAUUCCUGCAUUUCUGAAAAGUUAUUCAAAGAUAUGGCUGAUCGAUUGGAUGGAGAUGGGUGGAAAGCUGCUGGUUAUGUACAAGUCAAUAUAGAUGAUUGUUGGCCUGCCAAACUCAGAACAAAGGAUGGAAAGCUUACUCCUGAUCCAGAUAGGUUUCCAAAUGGAAUGAAAUCUUUAGCAGAUUACAUGCAUGGCAAGGGCUUGAAGUUGGGAAUAUAUGGAGAUAUGGGUGAACUGACGUGUGCUGGAUACCCUGGUACACUAGGACAUGAAAAAGAUGACGCUGAGACAUUUGCAUCCUGGGGUAUAGACAUGUUGAAAUUGGAUGGUUGUUACUCAAGCCAUGAACAAAAACUGACUGGCUUCCCUCUAAUGACUAAAAUGUUGAAUCAGACUGGACGGCAUAUAGUGUAUGAAUGUGGAUGGCCUUUGGAUGAUGGACACCUGCCUCCUCAGGUCAACUUUACUCUUGUGAAAGAAUCAUGUAAUAUGUGGAGGAAUUAUGAUGACAUUCAAGAUAGUUUUGAUGAUGUUUUGAAAAUUAUAAAUUGGUUUGGAGAUCACCAAGAUGUUUAUAUUCCAGCGGCUGGACCUGGAGGAUGGAAUGAUCCAGAUAUGCUGAUUGGAGGCGACUUUUCUCUGAGUUAUGAGCAAGCAAAGCUGCAGUUUGGAAUAUGGGCAAUCUUGGCUGCACCUCUAUUAGUUUCUGUUGACUUGAGAACAAUUGAUCCUAAAAUGAGGCAGAUGUUGCAAAAUAAGAAAGUAAUUGCAAUUGAUCAGGAUCCAUUGGGAAUGCAGGGCCGUCGUGAAAAAGUUGAUAAAGAUUUCCAGGUGUGGGUUAGGCCCUUGUCGAAAGGAGAUCAAGCCAUUGCAGUAAUAUAUACUGGCACAUCAUCUGGAGGUGCGGCUGCUUAUUCAUUUACAUUGUUCAGUCUCAACAUUCAAAAUCCAGCAUCGAAGUACACGUUGUAUGAUGUUUUUGAUUCAGAUCCUCCUGAACAAGUUGGCCUCAACACUACCAUUACAUUUAAUAUUUACCCUCAAGGGAUAGUCAUGGCUCGUGCCUCUCCUAUGCAGCACUAGUAACUAACUACAUAUAGAAUCUAAACAAUGUUGUUAAAAAACAAUCUCAUGAAUUU